AUGGAGAAUAAGAAGGGUAAAGGUCGUCAAAAGAUGCCACUGAGAAAAAAAGAAAAGCAAGAAGAACGAUAUGUUAGCUUCUCAAAGCGUCGCUCGGAUUUGUACAAAAAGGCUAGCGAACUCGUUAUGGAAUGCGAUGUUGAUAUUGGAGUGACGUUUUUAUUUCUAACUGGUAAUCCUUUUGCUUUUUUUCACCCUACAGUUGAAGCGAUCGUUUCUCGUUUUCAGAAUCUUAAUUUGAAAUUAAGUGAAAGUACUCAAAUAGUCGCGGCUCAGGCUCGAAAUAGAGUGAAAGAACUCCAAAGCGAACUUGAUGAAUUAGAUCUCAGGGAAGACAUUGCAAUUGCUAACAAAAAUAUGUAUGACAAAGUGAUGGAAACUAGGCAGAAAGGACUGUGGGAGUCAAUCGAGCAGCUCAAUGCAGAGGAAUUAACCAAGUUUGAAGCUUGGUUAAAUGUCACUCGUUUUAAUUUGCAGAAUCGUUUGAAUCAAUUGGAAAAUGGAGCUUCGUCCUCGUUGGGAUACUUUAUGCAUGAAGGUGAUGAAGGUACUGGAAGAUCGGAAUCUCCUGAAAGAGGGGAGAUAGAGAGAACGAAUAGUGAUGCUUUAGUGAUACACAAGAAUGAAUACAAGAAUUUUUAA